AUGGGUACAGGGGUGCAGCAAUGGAUACAGGAGCUCCGAUCGCAUUAUGGGAGUUCCAUCGACCGAGUGAAGCCGUACUUCGAAGCCGCUGCCACCUUCCGGUCUGCCUCCGAGCGCGUUCAGGUGGUGAUGAAAGAGUUCUGCGCUGCGGCUUCCCAGUACAGCCAAGCCAAGGCGGACCUUAGAAAUAUCGAGACGCGACUGGCCUACGGGGCGCACAAGGUGCGUCUUGAUCGAGACCAGCAAGAUGGCCUUUCUCGUGCCACUGUGCGGGUGCUAAAAUGCCGACAGGACCGUGACCGACGAGAGCAAGACUAUGCAGAGAGCCUCCGAGAAUACGAGGAGGCAAAGCAAGCAUGUGAAUCGUGGCGAUCGCAGCUUGGUGAUGCCCUGAUCAAGCGAUAUGAACCUGUGUUCAGGCAGCUGCAGCAGCAUCAGAGCACCUUACGGACUGAGCGGCAGCGCAUCCAAGGCUUCACAGAGCGCGCAGCUUCAGCAAAAGGGAUCUACAACAAAUCAUUAGCGGAGCUUGAUCGCAUCAAUGUUGCUGUGCACGAAGCUCGUGCGGUGGCGAAGGAGGCCACAGCACCGCAGCCGCCGCCGCCCCCGGCCGUGCCGCCGGUGCCGCCGGCUGCGCCGGAAGAGGCGCCCGAGGCGCCGGAAGUGACUGUGGCAGCUAAGGAGCCCGAGAUGCCACAGGAGCGUACCACUGAUGCUGCAAAAGAAGUGUUUACCGAGGAUUUGCCACUUGGGCAGACCGAAAACCGACAUGGAGAUUGA